CUCUUCCGAAUCUGUGCCGCGCCCAGUUUUGAGGCGGGUGUCUGUCGACGUGGCGCUCCCUUGUCUUUCUCCCAUCCAAGGAAAAAACACAAAAGAUUAACAACCUAAGAACCAUAAAGAAUCAAACAUCACUUUCAAAGAAAAAGGAAAAGAACAAAAAAAGAAGAAGUGGCAGAGAGAGAGGGUUAGGGCUUUCUCCCAAAUCGACUGCAAGAUUUCCCUCCCGAUUUGAAUAGCCCUAAACCUCUCUUUCCAAAUCUUCUCUUUCGUCGUCAACCUAGGUCAUCCGUCGUCGUCGUCCAUGCCGGAUUAUUAUCAUCAAUAAUUGAUUUCUGUAAUAAAUAAUAGAGAAGAAGAUGAGUGGUCAAUUGGCGCCAGCCCCACCGGCUCCUCGCCGGAACAGUGCGGCGCACAAACGCAACAAUCCGUCUGCUGCUCGGAAAUCCUCUAAUCCAUCGGAAAAUGGUUCCGCCAAUGCUAAUAAUGGCUCCCUCACCAAGCCUACUUCCCCUACCAACUCGACCGCAGUAGGGGAAAGAACAGUGAAAAAGCUAAGGUUAUCGAAAGCACUUACAAUUCCCGAAGGUACAACGGUAUCUGAUGCUUGUAGGAGGAUGGCUGCUAGACGUGUUGAUGCUGUUUUGCUGACUGAUGCAAAUGCCCUGCUCUCCGGCAUUGUUACUGAUAAGGUUACUUUUUGCUAAACAGUGCGACGUUGUGCUCAUGUUUUCUGCGUUACUUCUUUCAUUACUAAAAAUUGUGCAUCUGACUUAAUGGCAUGUGGUUGAUUAGGCGACCCUUAUGAAGUUGGUUAAGGGAUAAGAAUGGAAUUUGAUUGUAAACAGUUUCCUGGGGAGAUUGUUUUGAUAAUUUUGGUAAAUUCUUGGAGCUGCCAGAUAGAGUUUGUCGCUCCAGUUGAAUUGGGGAAUUUGUGGAAGUAAGGGUGGAGGGGUUAACUGUGCUUAGUAAAUCCGUUUUUGGCAAAUUUAACUUUCCUUUCGAUAUGUAGGAUAUUGCUACAAGAGUUAUAGCCGAGGAAUUGAGACCAGAUCAGACAAUUGUUUCAAAGGUGAUGACAAGGAACCCUAUUUUUGUGACUUCGGAUUCAUUAGCCAUUGAUGCUCUUCAGAAGAUGGUCCAAGGAAAGUUUCGUCACCUCCCUGUUGUUGAAAAUGGAGAAGUCAUAGCUUUAUUGGACAUCACAAAAUGCCUUUAUGAUGCUAUAUCCAGAAUGGAGAAGGCAGCAGAGCAGGGAAGUGCUAUUGCAGCCGCUGUAGAAGGGGUGGAACGUCAGUGGGGAAGUAAUUUUGCCGCCCCAUCAGCUUUUAUUGAGACACUUAGAGAGCGCAUGUUCAAGCCGGCGUUAUCGAGUAUCAUUGCUGAAAAUGCCAAGGUUGCAAUAGUAUCGUCAUCAGACCCUAUCCACGUUGCUGCUAAAAGGAUGAAAGAAUUGCGUGUUAACUCUGUCAUUGUUAUGUCUGCAAAUAAGAUUCAGGGGAUAUUAACUUCAAAAGAUAUCCUCAUGCGAGUUGUUGCCCAAAAUCUAUCCCCGGAGCUGACUCUGGUGGAAAAGGUGAUGACACCAAAUCCUGAGUGUGCCACACUAGAUACAACUAUCCUUGAGGCGUUGCACAUAAUGCAUGAUGGAAAGUUCCUACAUCUUCCUGUAGUGGAUAGAGAUGGUUAUGUUAUUGCCUGUGUGGAUGUGUUGCAGAUAACUCAUGCAGCUAUAUCUAUGGUUGAAAAUGGUUCUGAUGCGGUGAGUGAUGUUGCAAACACUGUUAUGCAAAAGUUCUGGGAUUCUGCAUUAAAUAUGGAGCCUGCAGAUGAAUAUGAUACUCAAAGCGAGCUCUCUAUGUCUGCAUUAAACACAUCAGAUGGUACCGAACAUGGGAAAUCUCCGUAUCCAUCUCUAGGUCUUGGGAAUAGUUUUUGCUUCAAAUUUGAGGACUCGAAGCAUCGUGUACACAGAUUCAACUUUGGCACUGAAAAAUUAGGUGAACUUGUUUCUGCGGUUAUGCAGAGGAUUGGUGCAACAGAUGAUCAAGGUCAACCUCAACUCUUGUAUGAAGAUGAUGAGGGGGAUAAAGUUCUUCUGUCGACUGAUGGUGAUCUUAUUGGUGCUGUUAGUCAUGCCAGAUCUGUGGGACUAAAGGUCUGCAUACUUUUUGUUUUGCUUAUGUUUUUGUACAAAUGUCAAUUAUUGUCUGUUCUACUGUUUGUGAAUAGAUAUAAUUGAAACCUAUCUUAAGUAACAGGCCACUACCUUUUGUUAUGCUUACCACACUAUUUCACCUUUAGUCAUAUCUUUUACUGAUUGGAUGUUACCUCUUCUCUGGACUUGUUUCUUAGGCAUUCUAGACAAAUGAUGUGAGGGACAACUCUAGGGACUGGAUCAGUUAAACUAAACCUAUGUCUUUCCUGAUUUAUAACAUUAGAGGGCGAGUGGAUUCUUUCUUUGCCAACUCAAUGUGGACAACCAGAAACGUGAGAGAUCAGAUUGAAUAAAGUAGAGUUGAAAUAAUGAGAGAAUCUAGUGACGACGGGAUUCACCUGGGCAUGUCUCUGAGUGAAUCCUGAAGUAGCUAACAUAUCUGAAAUGAUCUGAAUCCAUUAUCACUAGUAAAGAUCUCAGGAAUGAAAUAAGGGGAAGAGUGGUUGCUGAAGGAAGAAAAAGAUUAGGAGAAAGAAAUGCAAGAUGGCUGAAAAGUGAAAAACGAACUCUGGAUUAUCUCUCUUGCCAUAAGAAUUAGUUAAGUGUUAAAAAGAGUUCAUUCAAGCUAUUUGUUGAUUUGAAAACUCAUUGAUCUAUUAGAAAAUAUUUUUUGUUAUGGUAGCUUAUGUAGAAGACUGUAUUUAUGAAAAUUUAAGUUGUGCAAAGAUAUUUUGAGGAUAUCAGAUGAAUCUUCUAGAUUGUUGAGUUUGCAUUAGGUAUAUUUUUGACGUUGUUAGUUUCCCAAGCAUCUUCAGAUUCUAAAAAUUGUAAAUCACUUUAGGUGAUGUAGUUUUGAUGGAUGAGACCUGAGAGUCAAUUCCAAGUUAGAAGGUUAAAAAUUUGAAAUGUUUGAGGUCAUAUUAAACAUUAUAGAAGCAAUGGGGCAUUGGUAAAAAGUCGAAACAUAGAUUACAAGUAUUUCAAAUUUAUAAAUAUUUAGGGACAUCUGUCCUUUUGUGAAAACUGAUGAACCGGAAGGAGAUUGCAUAUAAAAUUUAAGCAAUUUGAAUAAAUGGUAAAAUGCAUUUUCUUUCCUUCGUGACCAUCAUGCUCUAAAUUGACUGGAAAUAACAUUGAGAACUUAUGGAGCAGAAUAAUUAGGGUGUAAAAACUGAAAAUGGACUUGGGAACAUAUUAAAUGCAGUAAGAUGCAUAAUGGAUUCAUGCUAGUGUGUGGAGGUAGUGUAAUCAUGGAGAAUCAUGCUUUAAAAUGGAUAAAAAUGACCACAAUGCACCACCAGUAUGGCAUGCAAAAUAGGUAUAAUUCAUAUUAUCAAAGGAAAUAAGAUAUUUCAAAUUACUUGAAAAUAAAUUAUAUGAAACGGUGAUCUUUUCAACGAUAAUGAAUGCUUUAUGAAAAGAUGGCUGGCUAUGUGUUCUGACUUCUGACCAUCAAACCAUGAAUGCUUUAUAUUUUUUGUUCACUGUAUUCAUUUGCUUUCUUUUCCUCUUUUUUCCCUCCUUUUUUUAUUUUCACAUGUCCUGGACUCUAUUCCAAAAGUUAUUCAUUGUGUGAUUGAUGGUAUAUUCAACAGGAGAGAAUUUUGAGGGUUAUUCAUUUCAGCUGUUAAAUCAACUAGGACAAGGGAAACAACCCCUUGUUGAUCAAAUCCACAAAGUUCCAUAUUUUUUAAAAAUAUUUUGAGGAGUCUUGAAGUAGUGAAAUCAAAGUUCUGCUUUUGCAGCGUUUCCCUGCAGUGUGUUGAAAGAUUGUACUUUUAUUAAUGUUCUGUAUUGGGAGACCUUAUUCUAAAACUUGAAGAACACUGGGUUUUCAGGUUUUGAGACUCCACCUGGACUACUCGGAUGCAUGCCAAGAGAAUUCAAAACCACAGCUAAGUGCAGAACCGGUCGAGAAAUCUGGAGGCCUCACUGUACCUAUUGGGAUUUUUGCAGGGGCAGUAGUCUUAACCAGCAUAGGUGUAAUGGUCUACUUGAAGCGCACAAACACGUGAUCGAUGCUUUGCAUAAACCACUAGUUCAGUGGUUAAGACUGAUUAAUCUGUCUAUUGAAUGCCUGAUUUUAGAGCCCUUAUUGAAGUUAGCGGUUAUUUCCAUGGUUCAAAACAUGGUUCAUGUCCAUAGUUGAUUAUAGAAGGAAAAUAAUCUAUGCCAAUGAAGGUUGGUUUUCAUGUUCUUACCUAUCCAAACUCCAAAGUUUUGUUUCCUGAGAAAUAUUGAUCAAGUGUAGUGUGGACUAUUGACUAUGUAAAAAGGAAGGCCAGUGAUUUUGCCAGAACAAUUAUUAACAUCUAGGGUAAAAUUGUCCUUCAUGAAGUCAAACUUCAUAUAAGUGUACUUUAUUUUCUUAUUUGAGCGAUUUCCAAAAGACGGAUACGCCCUCUGCGCAAUGGAGGUAUGUUUUUUCUAAAAAAAAGGGGGAGGGAGGGGGGCGAGGGACAUAUGAACGGCUGGCGCAAGAAGAACACGCCACUUCUAUGCGGGAUGGCGUGGAAUAAUCUCGCCCCCUUGUAAAGGGAGGGGAGAAAACCUUCUUCUCUGGCGAAGGGGUGGCGCCAGUUUUGAGCGCCAUUUUUGUCCGGGUUGGCAAGCAAACGCUCGCAAACCAAAACGGGCUCCACC